AUUUCACUUUUCAAAUACGACGCAUUUGUAAAUUCAAAAAACCAUGUUUACUAAGAAUUCGUUUGUCAUUCUUUUCGUGGGUUGCAUUUGUUCGGCAAAUGCAGUUGAAAGCCCAUUUUUGGAUCUGUACAAAGUGGCCGAUGAAAAGUGUCAAACAAAAUUCAACCUAACCGAUGUACAGGUCUCAUUGGUCGAGUUGUUAAACGAUUUUCAGUUCAAUGCAACAGCAAAACCUACGGACAUUCAAACAAAUUCCAUCUGUUAUAUGCAAUGUUUGGCUGCCAAUCUAGGAAUAAUUGACGAGAAUGGAUGGCAUCAAGUCAUUGUGGAUGAUUUUCUAAAGUUUGGUGAAGAAGAGAAUUAUAAAACCGAAGUUGAGAAUGAGCUAAAAAAAGACGGACCACAUUUUGCUCAGUUGGGAUCAAUUUGCUCUUUUCGACAAGCCACCCGCAAUUUGAUGGUGGACAUGUGGAUGAACUUGAUUAGCCAAAUAAACGUACUGAGAAUUAUUAGUUUUAUCGAUGCAAAGCCACAGUACAAAACGCUUUGGGAGUCAAUGAUCAAGAAAUGGUCUUGUUUGGCUGGAGUUGAAAGUGUUGGAAAUUAACUUGAUUAAAAUAUUGAUUUCGGCUUUUUUUUCUUUUGGUUAGGAAAAUGAGAAUGAAAAAAGAAAGAAAUUCAAUUUUAAUUUGUGGAAAAUAAAUAUUUUGGCCAAGAA